UCGUCUGUAUCAGCCGGAUCCGGGAGGCGACGCGGCCGGCGAGGAGCCCCUUCCAAUGGCCCCGACACCCCUGAUCGCCUGCGUCCUCUGCAUCAGCUUGUCUGCCGUCUCCUGCCUCCCUGCCAGCAGCAGCGAAGUGAAUCUACUGGACACGGUGGCGAUUCCUGGAGACUGGGGCUGGCUGACCUUGCCGCCACAUGGGUGGGACUCAAUCAACGAAAUGGAUGAGUUUUUCAGCCCCAUUCACACCUACCAAGUCUGCAAUGUGAUGAGCGCCAACCAAAACAACUGGCUACGAACCAAUUGGGUGCAACGAGACGGUGCUCGGCGGGUGUACGUGGAGAUUAAAUUUACCCUAAGAGAUUGUAACAGCAUGCCCGGCGUCCUGGGGACCUGCAAAGAGACCUUCAACCUCUAUUAUUUGGAAAGCGAUCGGGAUGUGGGCACCAGUAUCCGGGAAAGUCAGUAUCUGAAGAUCGACACAAUAGCUGCUGAUGAGAGUUUCACCAGCGCGGACCUCGGCGUACGGAGACUCAAGCUAAACACAGAGGUCCGAGAUGUGGGGCCUUUGAGUAAACGUGGCUUUUACUUGGCCUUCCAAGACAUUGGGGCUUGCAUUGCUAUAGUAUCUGUCCGAGUGUAUUAUAAGAAAUGCCCCUCCAUGGUGAGAAAUCUGGCAGCCUUUUCUGAAGCCAUCACAGGAGCAGAUUCCUCCUCCCUAGUGGAGGUGAGAGGAGAGUGUGUGGGGCACUCGGAGGAGAGGGACACCCCGAAAAUGUACUGUAGCGCAGACGGAGAAUGGCUGGUUCCGAUUGGAAAAUGUGUCUGCAGCGCUGGAUUUGAAGAGCGAGGGGAUUCCUGUGUCGCCUGUGACCUUGGCCAUUACAAGUCUUCUCCGGGCGACCAGCUCUGCUCCAAGUGCCCCCCGUUCAGUCACUCGGACACCCUGGCGGCACAAGUUUGUCAAUGCGAUACCAAUUAUUUCCGUGCGUCUAUGGACCCACAUUCAUCACCCUGCUCACGUCCCCCCUCGGCUCCCGUCAACCUCAUCUCUAGUGUUAAUGGCACCUCUGUCACCUUGGAGUGGAACCCACCAGUAGACACAGGUGGGCGCAGAGACGUCACUUACAAUAUCAUUUGCCGACGCUGUGCUUGGGAUGCGGGUCAGUGUGAGCCCUGUGGGGUGGGCGUUCGUUACAUCCCCCAAGAGUCCAGCCUAGAAAAGACCUCCCUUACGGUGGCAAAUCUUCAGGCCCACAUGAACUACACCUUCUGGGUGGAGGCGGUCAACGGGGUGUCCGACUUUAGCUUGGAGCAACGGAUGUUCUCCACAGUGAAUAUUACCACGAACCAGGCAGCCCCUUCACAGGUUGUGGUUAUCCGCCAGGAGAAGGCCGGGCAGAACAGUGUCAGCCUUGUGUGGCAGGAGCCCGAGCAGCCCAAUGGCAUCAUCCUGGAGUAUGAGAUCAAAUACUUUGAAAAGGAUAAGGAGAUGCAGAGCUACUCCACGCUGAAAGCCAAGGAGACGCAAGCUCUGGUGUCCGGCCUGAAGCCAUCAACACGCUAUGUGUUCCAGGUCAGGGCCCGGACCUCGGCUGGCUCUGGGCAAUUUAGCCAGACCAUAGAGGUGGAAACUAGUAAAGCAAUGGUUCUCCGGUAUGACACGAUGACAAUUGUCUGGAUCUGCCUCACUCUGAUAACGGGUCUCGUCCUCCUGCUGACUGCCCUCAUCUGCAAGAAACGGCACUGUGGGUACAGUAAAGCCUUUCAGGACCCCGACGAGGAGAAAACGCAUUAUCAGAAUGGGCAAAUAACCUUUGCGGAGUCCAAGCUCUACGUAGACCCUCACACCUACGAGGACCCUUGCCAGGCCGUUCACGAGUUUGCCCGAGAGAUAGACGCCUCCAGAAUUAAGAUUGAAAAGAUAAUUGGAUCAGGCGAAUUUGGGGAAGUUUGUUAUGGGCGGCUGAAGCUCCCAGGAAAGCGCGAGAUCCCGGUGGCAAUAAAGACUUUGAAGGCCGGGUACAGUGAGAAGCAGAGAAGGGAUUUCCUGAGCGAGGCAAGCAUCAUGGCGCAGUUUGACCAUCCAAACGUGAUUCACUUGGAAGGAGUGGUUACUCGAGGUAAAUUAACUAUGAUCGUUACAGAAUAUAUGGAGAAUGGAUCACUGGAUACAUUCCUGAGGAGUCGUGAUGGUCAGUUCACCAUAAUCCAGCUGGUAGGGAUGCUCAGGGGCAUUGCUUCAGGAAUGAAGUAUCUAUCUGAUUUGGGAUUCGUCCACCGAGACUUGGCAGCGCGUAACAUCCUCGUCAAUAAUAACCUGGUCUGCAAAGUGUCUGACUUUGGGCUCUCGCGGAUACUGGAGGACGAUCCGAAUGCUGCCUACACCACCACGGGUGGAAAGAUUCCCAUCCGCUGGACGGCUCCAGAAGCCAUUGCUUAUCGCAAGUUCUCCUCAGCCAGUGACGUAUGGAGCUACGGCAUUGUCAUGUGGGAAGUCUUAGCCUAUGGGGAGCGGCCAUACUGGAAUAUGACCAAUCGGGAUGUGAUAAGUUCAGUGGAGGAAGGAUAUCGCCUUCCUGCCCCAAUGGGCUGCCCCACGGCUUUGCACCAACUUAUGUUGGAUUGUUGGCAAAGAGACCGCAAUGAAAGGCCCCGGUUCUCCCUCAUUGUUAGUAUCCUGGACAAACUAAUCCGGAAUCCUGAACACCUGAAAGCCAGCGCAACGGUCAACAGAUUCACCCAUCCGCGGAUCGACAGGGGACUCUUUGACUUUGCCAGCCGUGCCACAGUGGAUGACUGGCUGGAUUCAAUCAAGAUGGGUCAAUACAAGGAAAACUUUGUGAUGGGAGGAUACUCUUCCCUCGGACUGGUGAUGAGGAUGAACAUAGAUGAUAUUCGAAGACUUGGGAUUUCAUUAAUAGGUCAUCAAAAGAAGAUCCUCACCAGUAUUCAGAUCAUGAGGGCUCAGCUCAUCAAUACACUGGGACCCAGAAUGCACUUGUGAUCAAAACGUGACCUGAGCCCAACUGGGAACACAGGCAGUACCAAGGAUGCGCGGACCAUCAAAUCGUCGGGGGACAGCGUUGGACAGGCUGGAUCAUUCAGCAUUAAACAACAGUUAAUAUGAUGAAGCAACAACGCGUAGCAGGAUUCGGAGAUUACCCCAUCUCCUGCUCCCCAUUUUAACUCAUUUACUUUUCUUGGAUUUUUUUAAAGGAUUUAGAGCUGCAUCUCUAAUAUAGCAAUAGAAUCUCAUUCUGUGAAUAAUCAGGGUGCUUC